CCCAAAAAUGACAUCUCGAUUGCGGUGGAGGAGCAAGGGAGCGCCUGGGACGCUGAGAGAAGAAAAGAAGUCCGAGCUAGCUCCUGCGAUUCAUAGAUCUUAACCGAAGAAAAGACGCAGCAGAAAGCCACAGCAAAUUACGGCUUGUAGUUUGGAUCUGCUUCAGACUUUUUAUCGCCUCUUUGGAAAUGGAGUUGCAUCGUUGAGAAAAUCUCCAGAAGGCAUUUGUUGUUGCUAGUUGAUGAGAGAAGUGAGAGCCGUUAAGGCUCCGUUUCCUGUUUCCCAAGCAGCAGCGCUGCAGCUGGGCUGAAGAAGCCCCGCAGGGCUCACUGAGCACCGGUCCUCCUUCCCCGCUUCUAACUGCUGCCGGUCCGCUGCCAGUCCGCUGCCCCAUCCCGCUGUCGCGAAACUCGGUUCAAAAGAAAUGUGCGACCUGAUGCCAGCCUCCCAGCCUCCGGAGAAAAUAGGCAAAAUGAAAAAGUUGAGGAGAACUUUGUCCGAGAGUUUCAGGAGUAUUGCUUUCAAGAAAGAGGACGGCGGCUUUGAUGAGAUAUGUGUCACAAAGAUGUCCACACGCAGCUGCCAGGGAACAGACUCGGUCAUCAAGCCCCUGGACACCAUCCCUGAGGACAAGAAGGUGAGAGUGCAGCGCACGCAGAGCGGCUUCGACCCGUUCGAGAAGCCCGCCAGCCAGGUGAAGAGGGUCCACUCUGAGAACAAUGCCUGCAUCAGCGCCAAGAGCUCGUCCGCCGGCAAGGAGUCGCCCAAACUGCGCCGACACUCCAGCCCUAGUUCUCCUACAAGCCCCAAGUUUGGAAAAGCAGAUUCCUAUGAAAAGCUGGAGAAACUGGGCGAAGGUUCAUACGCCACAGUUUACAAAGGAAAGAGCAAGGUGAAUGGGAAGCUGGUGGCUCUGAAGGUGAUCCGUCUGCAAGAGGAGGAAGGGACGCCGUUCACCGCCAUACGAGAAGCAUCUCUUCUGAAAGGCCUGAAGCAUUCCAACAUCGUGCUCCUCCAUGACAUCAUCCACACCAAGGAAACCCUGACUCUGGUCUUCGAAUAUGUGCACACAGACCUGUGUCAGUACAUGGACAAACACCCUGGGGGUCUCCAUCCAGACAAUGUGAAGCUGUUCCUGUUCCAGUUACUGAGAGGCCUGUCCUACAUCCACCAGAGGUACAUCCUUCACCGUGACCUGAAACCACAAAACCUGCUCAUCGGCGACACUGGAGAGCUCAAACUUGCUGACUUCGGCCUGGCCAGGGCCAAGUCCAUCCCCAGCCAUACCUACUCCAACGAGGUGGUGACCCUGUGGUACCGGCCCCCAGAUGUCCUGCUGGGAUCCACAGACUACUCCACCUGCCUGGACAUGUGGGGAGUGGGCUGCAUUUUCAUCGAGAUGAUCCAAGGAGUGGCUGCCUUUCCCGGGAUGAAGGACAUCCAGGACCAGCUGGAGAGGAUAUUCCUGGUCCUCGGCACCCCAUCUGAGGACACCUGGCCUGGUGUUAACUCUUUGCCACACUUCAAACCAGACCGCUUCACAGUGUACAGCGCUAAGAAGCUCAGACAAGCGUGGAAUAAGUUGGGCUACGUGGACCAUGCCGAGGAGUUGGCUUCCAGGUUCAUCCAGUGCUUCCCAAAGAACCGUCUGUCGGCCCAGGCAGCGCUGAACCACGAAUACUUCAGCAACCUUCCUCCACGGCUCUGUGAGCUGCAGGACAUGUCUUCUAUCUUCACCGUACCAAAUGUCAAGCUGCAGACGGAGAGCGGGGACAGCAUACAGGUGUGUGCGCGGAGGAACAGUCACGGGAAGGCAUCCUCUGGUAACAAACACUGACCUGAGGCAGCAUCCUGCACACGAUCGCCUGACAGGUGGCCGUUGUAAAAAAAAAAUUAAAAAAAAGACGAUGAAGACAAAGAUGGUGAGAUGGAGGAUCCAGACGAAUGGAAGAGCCCCAGUUCUCUUUAUUUAUUACCUUCACAAUGUGUGUGUGUGUGUGUGUGUGUGUGUGUGUGUGUGUGUGUGUGUGUGUGUGUGUGUGUGUGUGUGUGUGUGUGUGUGUGUGUGUUGCGUGCGCAUGAGUAAGAGAGUUAGCCUUGAGUAUAGAUAGGAAAGCAUGUGUGUGCAUUUGUGAACGGUACCUAAGAUUUCAGGCUAUCAUUUGCAAAUCAAAUUUUGUUUACUUUUUAUAAGGUUCCAAUAACUCGUAUAUAUCAUUGUCACAGUAUAAACAAAAGGACAAUACUAUUGUUUUGUGUUUUGUGUUUGUAACUAGCCUCCUAUUUAAGAAUGUAUAUUUGUAUGUAUGAUAUACUCAUCUAGAAACUAUAUAAUGGACAGUUUUAAUAUUGCUUCAUCGUAUCACCGCUACACUGCUCACGCCAAGACACAUAACGCAACACACGCAUACAGGAGACAUGCAUACAAGCAAAAAAAAACAUCUUUGAAACAAAAGCAAAGAAGAAAAUGAAUCCUAAAGAGUUAGUUUUCCAUGUCUUUCUCAUUUGUGAUUUGAAGACAAUAAUAAUAUUAAUAACAAUAAUAAUAAUAAUAAUAAUGGAGGGCUAUCAGGUGGUGUAACACGUCCUCUGGCAGCCAUAUUGGAGGUCCUCGGUUCUUGGGUAGCUGAGAACAGUUGAUGUUGUUUUAAAUGUACAAUUGUGCUGACUCGGCAGGCUUUAAGACAUGGUUAAUGUGCUAGUUUAAAGGUGAACUUACUGUUUAAUGACUGAUUGCGGUAUUUGUCAGGUAGCUGUCACCAUUUUGGUGUCGACGGAUAAUUCAAACUAAAGCCUAUAUCUACAGUAGGAGGCAGUAGUGAAUAGAUGUCAGUAGCUGUAAAUGAACAAAUUAAUCUUUGUCAGAUAUUUCUCUUUCUCUCCUUGUUUGCCAGCGUUAAAGUUGCAUAUUAGGAAAUGCAUUUUUUCACAGCCUUAUUUUUGUAGCUUUGACCAUCAUUUCCCGUCAGUUACAGGAAUAUGUUUUACUCUCAAACAACAUUGAUUUAGGGACUGCGUAAAGACUGCGUAUCAAGAACUAUGUGCAGUAAGUGCACAACGGAUUGUUGAGAUUUGGGAGUGACACCCUUCUUUGCAUUGGUUCGCAGAAACGUUUACGUGCAUCUCUACAGAAACUUGAGUCCAGCCAUAGCCUCGCCGCCAUUUCCCCCAGUGGCCGACCUAGGUACUGCAACAGAACCUAUCCCCUGUGCUCUAGUCUCGCAUUGCCAGAACUAUCUCCACAGCGCUGUGAAGGAAGGUCUGGCUACACCACACACACAUUCUGGGAUAGGAGUAAAAAAAAAACGUUCUGGGUUGCUUGCAUUUCUUUCAACCAAUCACAAUCUUCUUGGGCGGCGCUAAGCUCCGGACGCAGCGACGGUGCCUCAGUUAAAAUAUUAAAUUAACUGUGGACGCAAUACAGUAUCGUGAUCUAUUUAAAUUAGCUGGAAACAUGGUUAAACCUCAUUGGCUCUUACCAGUGUAUCUCCGUGUGUACUUCGUCUACAGCAAUCCCACCAAUCGCUCCCAAAACGUCCAGUUAGAGAGGAAAUGCCCUAAACAUAUUCUUUGUAAAUCUUUACAAUCAUUCCCCUAAAGAACCAAGCAGGCACCAUCCAAAUUUUCCUCAAAACUUGACAUUUUCAGCGUGUAGCUCGAAGUUUGUCGUUGUCUCCCGAAGCGAAAGGGAUUUUGAGAACAGCAACACACAGAGAGCAAAUAUCCUGCGCAUGAGCCAGGCGCCAGAUCUCAGGCUUUGUCCUGGAAAUUUACUUCUGUUGAUCCAGCCUACCUGUGGUCUAAAAGUCAUUUUCCCUGCUGAACACGAUUAUAAAUCUGUAAAACGGUUGAUAAGGUCAAUAAUUAUUCUUUGUAUUAUGCGAUUUUUCAACUAUGAGGCUGCAAAAGCUAUUUUUAUGCAUGACAUCUUAGUGUGAAGUCUCUGAGACUGGCCACUGGGCUCGAGGAAGGACACUAACGAGCAAGCACACCGGGCCACACAAUACGCAUAAACAUAUUUGCAAUACAAUGUAAUGAAUGAUUAUAGUGGACUUUUCAAUAUUUGCAAUGUGACAUAUGGUUUUGUGAGUAAAAUGUUAUCAAAAUCCAAACGAAUGAUGGCCAAAUCUGCAAAAGUAAGACCCUGGUUAUUUAAAAAUGCUAGUCUUAGGAUUCCCUUACAUAAUUUCCAAUGGACCUCCAUAAUGUAAUCAGACCUGGCUCAUAUGGGUUUUGUGUUGCAACUGAAAAGCCUCUCUAACAUAAAUUAUCUCUGCUGGAGAUGUUAAAGGUGCACACAUAAGACGACAGGGACAGCACCAACCUGUGUGCAAUACUGUAAUUGACAACAGGUGUGUGUGUGUGUGUGUGUGUGUGUGUGUGUGUGUGUGUGUGUGUGUGUGUGUGUGUGUGUGUGUGUGUGUGUGUGUGUGUGUGUGUGUGUGUGUGUGUGUGUGUGUGUGUGUGUGUGUUAAAUAAACAUGGGCAAUAGAUAAGCAUUGGGGCUUCCAUCCAUGCACAUGAGCUAAUGUACAAAAGGAGAAACACCAAGGCAAUAGGCUGUGUGGCCUAUUGUUGGAUCCUGCCCACGACAAUCGUCCCUUACACUUUAUCUGAUACCAACAAAAGGUCUGCAAUAUUUUAUUAGAAACAGUCUAUGUCAAUAACUUUUUGUCAAGCUCAUGAGUGUGUAGGGAUGAGUGCUUUUCAGGGUGUGGUAGUGUGUGUGCAGUAUGUGUACUGUAGGUGGCGAUUAACUUUGAUUAGUCCCUUCCAACCCGUUCUCUCUCCCAACUCGUCCAAUACGAAUGCUUGGUCAGUGUCUCUCAGCGUCAGAUACGACGCUAAAAUCUCCCUUUAGCGUCUGUAUGGAACGCACAGGGCGGAGCAGCAGCUCGACCGCGGCGCUGUAAGAUGAUGUAGUAUUAAGAGAGACAACACUAGAGAGUAGUAUGACAGAUCGAGAAUCCUCCUGAGGAGGCAGGUUGGGGGGGUGGAUGGGUCAAACAACACAGGACUUUCACCCAGGAGAGCGGGGUUCAUGUCCCGUUCUUGUCCUGCGUGUCACUGAAAUGUACAUUUUGUAACCCCACCCACCAUCUUUUCCUAAACCUAACUGUCCCGUUCUUGUGAUGCAUUACGCAAACCUACGUUCCGACCGAGAGCGUCAUAAAGUGAUGCCAAGAGUCCCGACCGAGUGCGUCAAACAGCAAACGCCAAAGACACCUGACCAAGAGUCGCUUUCUGACGCGGUGGGAGUGAGAAUGCGUUGGUCCCUUCAACACCAACAUGAGCUCUUAUGCAGAGUCUUCCCUUAAAUGUAUGCCCCUCAACAUCCUACACGUUCUAAAUGUUUUGCAACUUUUUAUGACAAUAUGACGAAGGUCAGAUAUAUAGCGUAGUAUCAUCAGCAAAAGAUGUUUAUACUGUUUUAUGGCUUUCUUUGGAUGUUUUGUGUGAAAAUAUCUGACUAUUACAGCUUAGAUGUAUGGUGAUAAUAGUUGUGAAGUACUAUCAAUACAAUGGCUUCCUCCUUAUCAAUCAGUUUGAAUUCGACUGGAACAAUAAUAUUGGCCCUGCACUGUUGAUUAGCCCCAGAGAUGAGGCUGCAGAUGUGACGUCAUGGAGAUCUGGAACUGUGGAUACUUAUCAUGUCGCUCCAUGGCUUAUCACACACACUUACUCACAUUUAUAAUAUAGAUGUCUUGCCUGCUAGGAUAACAUUCCCACACCCAUCGAGUCCUAUCAGCUACAGUAUGGUAAAAGCCUGCAGCCCCUAAAUGCCCCCCCACCCCUCCAGCUGGUAUUUGCUUUGCAGUCUGUCACAUUUAAUAAUACAUUUUUGAUUUUUUUUUUUUUUACUAUCUCAAUACAAACCUAACCGAAUCUCCUUACCCCAACGCCUAAUAUUUGCAUCACAGGCGAUUUUCUGGAAAUUCGGUUACAAUUUUUACUACAUUUGGAUGGAAAGUUGGCUUGGGACUGCUAAAUAUUAGUUUUGGCUGAACUUUGGAAUGAAUUUUUCCACAGAACAAGGACUGUGGAUUUCCCCCCCUAUCAUUUACAGUGUAGCCACUUGAGUUGAGAUAGACUUGAACAUUUCUGAACCUAUCCUUUAAAUGAGGAAAAUCAAUAAAGAGAAAGAUUGGAGUCUUAUAGUGCUUUGGUAUUUUACCAAGACUGUGUUCCAGUCUAGCUUCUUCGACAAUAGAGAGUAGUGGCUCUGAGGCAAAAUAAAUGAUUAUGGGCUAGACUCUCCCAAAUAGUGUUUUGAAAAUGCACUUUAAAGAAAAAUCUGUUUGCCCUACAUUCCAGCCUGUAUGGUCCCUUUUAUGCACUUGCUUUGCCCCUAAUGAUAAAUAUAUAUGAACCAGCCAUUCUUACAAAUGUAAAUAUCAUCCCCCGUUUUGAACCUUAACCACAGAUUGAGGAGAGCUCAUAGAAAUGCUGUACUUGAAGUUAUCUUGCAGCUUUUCAGUUUCAUCCCCAGGCUGUGAUUGUGCAGCAGAAAAAAGGGGAGGAAAGGGGGUGGGUAAUGCCAGUAAAGUGCUGUGACAGAAGAGGGUUAAUACCAAGGAGCUGUGCUACGAUUGCCCAGCCGCAUGUGGCUUUAAGGGAUUGCAGGCAGUAUUAGCAGCUGAAUAAUUAUUUCUGGCAUGUUUCUCCUUGUGGCACACAUCGCUUUGUUUGCCCAUCGACACUUUUUUUUUCCGUGGAGUUCGGCAGCCUGCAGUCUUGUACAAAAACUUAUAUUUUUGAGUCCUGGGUGGACAGAGUUCCUGAAGGCACUCUCUGUUCAAACUUGAAUGUUCUUCGUAUAUUUCAAAUAAAGUCCGGUGAAGGACAGACUUGGUGGAAUUGCACAUUUAGCACUGUGACAGGAAAAAUGAGAAAUAAUAUCAGUAGAAGAAGGAGAAGAAAUGUCAAAAGGUGGAAAUUGAUUAGGUUGUGACAUAGUGAUGCUUCCACAAUGUUGUAUACAGGGUUACAAAGGUCCCCUUAACCCUUGUGUUGUCUUCCCAUUGACCAUGCAACUUUUGUUUUUAUGGGUUUAAAUUUAAAAUGAAAACUAUUUGGUCGUCUUUUCUCACUUUUUUUUCACUUUUUAACGUUCUUUUAUAAUUUUUUUCCUAUGCUAUACAAUUUAAUCAAACCAAAUGUAAUGAAAGUGGUGAACUGAUCGUUUAUUUUACUUGUUAUGAGCGUUGUAUGGAACAGUCCACGUAAUUAUUUUGGACAAUUUGGUUGAAAGAAACCCAAAUUUCUGAUUAUAGAAUUGUUUUUGAAAAUGGGUCAAAUUUGACCCGAGGACAACAGGAGGGUUAAUACUAUCAAAGAGAAAUCAUAUAUGAAUAACCAUAUAUGAUAAAUAUAAAUAAAAGGCAUCUAUUUUUGGCAUUCUUUAUCGUGUGGACAGAAGUGGCAUCGCUAGGAAAAAUAGGUUGGAUCCAAGUGGCAUCCUCGCUGUGCUGAACAAUGAAUCUGUGUUUUGCAACUUUUUCCAACAAAGCUUCUUUUGCAUUUUCUUUUUCCUUUUUGAAUGCUGCACUGAAAGUACGUCAUUUUCACAAGUGGUUUCGGAAAAACAGAAGUGUCGUCAGUCACUUCGUCAAGUGAAACAAUAUAGUAUACAGUAGAUUAGCUGUUGCAUUAUUUGUUACGACCCGUAUGUAAUGUUAUUAUGGAAGAUGUAAUGUCCUUCUGUAAACGUUGUUUAAUGUUGUUUUACCUGAAAUAAAAUUUAAUAAUGCUUCA